CGCGGCGACCGAGCCGGGGUCCGGCUGCCGCCACUAUGGACAUCCCGCCGCUGGCCGGCAAGAUCGCGGCUCUGUCGCUCGGCGCCUUCCCCUUGUCCUACGCGCUUAACCACGUCUCGGCGCUCUCGCACCCCCUGGGGCUGGCAUUGAUGAGUGCCCUGAUCCUGGGCCUGCUUUUUGUGGCUAUCUACAGUUUGUCCCCCGGCGAGAUCUACUAUGACCCACUCUAUGCUGUGUUCGCUGUCUUCUCCUUCACCUCGGUGGUGGAUCUCCUCAUUGCUCUCCAGGAAGAGGGCUAUGCGGGGGGCUUCAUGGAAUUCUUUACUAAGGAGGGAGAGCCUUAUUUGCGCACCGCACAUGGAGUCUUCAUCUGCUACUGGGACGGCACAGUUCACUACCUCCUCUACUUGGCCAUGGCUGGUGCCAUCCGCAGAAGGAAGAGAUACAGGAACCUUGGACUGUACUGGCUGGGAUCUUUCGUCAUGAGCGUCUUGGUGUUUCUCCCAGGAAACAUCCUUGGUAAAUACAGCUCAGAGAUCAGACCUGCCUUCUUCCUUGCCAUUCCCUAUGUGCUAGUCCCAUGCUGGGCUGGCGUGAGGGUCUUCAACCAGGCCCGGGCACCAAUCUGCUAUGCCCCCAAUGUGGUACAGGAGGAACAAAGCAAGGGUAUCCUGCGACGUCCAGUAGACCUGGCCCUUGUCAUAUACCUCACCCUCGCCGGGUUCUUCACCCUCUUUCGGGGCCUGGUGGUGCUUGACUGCCCCACAGAUGCGUGCUUUGUCUACAUCUAUCAGUACGAGCCAUACCUACGGGACCCUGUGGCCUAUCCGAAGGUGCAGAUGCUGGUGUACAUGUUUUACGUGCUGCCCUUCUAUGGCCUGGCUGCCUACGGCCUCAUCUUCCCUGGCUGCUCUUGGCUGCCUGACUGGGCCUUGGUGUUUGCUGGAGCUGUUGGCCAGGCACAGUUCUCGCACAUGGGGGCCUCGAUGCACGUGCGGACGCCCUUCACCUACCGCGUGCCUGAUGACGCCUGGGCCUGCUUCUUCGGGAGCAACCUGCUGUAUGCGCUGGGUCCCCAGCUGCUGGCCUUCCGCUGCCUGUGGCGGCCUGCCUUCUUCCUGCACCCGCCCCCUGGUCCCCUGGCCCACCACAAGAAGGAGGACUGAGAGAGCUGGGACUCCCUACGACUGUUUUCAUGCCCAAAGAGCCCUGCCCCGGGAAGGGUGGGCUCGGUCUCUUAGAGUCAGGAAGUAUAUCUCCAGGUGUCUUUGGUCCUGGCUGUGGUGGUAUAAGCCCAGCGCAUGGGGUGGGACACCCAGGGACCCUCAGCUGUCACAGUAUUCCAAUCCCACACAGACUGCUCCACGCCAGAGUUUACCUAUCAUACUCACAUGGAUCCUUUUAGUAAAAACAAAAACAAAAACA